GCCAAUUCGGGGGGACACGUCCAUUUUUCGGCGUGAGUCAGGCACGUCGGUGGGGUGAUGCUGCGGCGCCGGGCAGGGGCCGGGCCAGCCGCGGGGAGCGGCCCGCCCGCUCGGGCCCGGAGUCUCGGCCGUGCCGGCGCUGCCGCCGAGCAGAGCGUUGCUUCCUCCUUCCCGUCCCUUCUCUUCGCCGGAGCCGGCGCCAUGGCCGGGGGCGCUGGGCCUGCCGCUCCCUGACACCCGCCAGCCCGCGGAGGCUGCUGCGAGCGGGGCUCCCCCGGGCAUCGGAAAGGAAAGGAAGGGAAGAAUUGCCCUUGCCCCCGGCGGAGCUGCCCCGUUCUCCUGGAGCCCGCGAAGGAAGAACUGCAAAGGGAAGGUCUGGACGUUUCAUGUUCCGUCAGCCCGGCAGAAUUUUGGCUUUGAUUCCGUCUCGCUCGUACCUGUUCCUGGAGAAGAGGCACCGUCCCGCCAUGUCUCGCUACAGCCUCCACAACCUCCUGGACUGGAUGUAUGGCGGGGUGGACCCCAGCUUUGCCGGCAAUGGGGGGCCGGAGUGCGCUGCCUUUCUCUCGGGGAAGCAGCGCUUGCUGGAGAGUUUGGUCUUCCUCAGCGUAGGCAUCGUGGAGAUCCUCCUGUCCUUGGGGAAGCUCAGGCAUCUCCACCUCAGGGAGCUGGAGAAUCUGCUGCAGCAGCCCCAGACUAAGCAGGAGAGUUUGGGCAAGAACGUGCUGCUGGUGCUGCUCUGCCUCAUCUUUGGGCUGGAGGUGGGCUUCAAGUUUGCCACCAGGACUGUCAUUUACCUCCUGAAUCCCUGCCAUGUGGUCACCAUGAUGCAGAUUUUUCUUCUUGCCUGUCCCCCAUGUCGGACUGCAAUGAUCCUCUUCAGGUUGCAGAUGCACAUGCUGAACGGGGCCCUGCUGGCUUUGCUGUUUCCUGUUGUUAACACACGCCUGCUUCCAUUUGAAAUGGAAAUUUAUUAUAUCCAGCAUGUGAUGCUUUAUGUUGUGCCCAUCUAUCUGCUGCAGAAAGGAGGUAUCUACACUCCAGAGCCACUCUGCAAUUUCUGGUGGGCUCUUUUAUCCACGGGGUUUAUGUUUGUGUAUCACUUCAGCAUCUUGCAGGUUCUGGGACUGGUCACGGAAGUGAAUCUGAACAACAUGUUGUGCCCAGCCGUCUCAGAUCCUUUUUACGGGCCCUGGUAUCGGAUCUGGGCAUCUGGACAUCAGACUGUGAUGACCAUGACUCAUGGGAAGCUUGUAAUCCUCCUGUUUCACAGUGCUGUCCCCAUCUUUAAAUGUAGCAUGGACUUGCUUAGACUGCCAGCUAAGAAAAUAGACUGAAAUGUCACCCCGUGGAGUCCUGCAGGGAGCAGAGACACCGAUACUGGAAAACAGAGGAGGGAUGAGAGGACAACGAAUUUAUACUUCUCCCCACGGUUUAUUGCCUCAGAAACACCUUUGUAAUCAAGUGAGGGUUUUUUUUUACCUGCUGUUUCUCACUGCCUAUUGCCAAUGGCAAAAUUAGUGGCCUUAUUCUGGGAAAGGUUUGUGUUUUAUACAUUUUGUACAGAUUACAGUAGAAUCUUGCUAAGCCACCAUUUAAAAUUAGGCUGGGGCCUGUCCACAUUCCAGCAAAGAGAGUGGCAGUGCUACCUUGUUUGGACUUAUUUUCCAUUAAAUAAAAGUACAGUUAUAUCAUGGGAGAGGAAAUGAUGCUGCAUUGCAACACUCCUCUGAUGUGAAUGUUGAGCCACAUCAUCCUGGCUUAGCUCUUAGAACCUGAAUGUUCCAAACAGCCCCAGGAAACAAUCUCCCAGUCGUAAGUGCAAAGGAGUGAGGUUCUACUGUAUUUUCUUUAGGCUGGUUGAAAAUGUUGGGGAACAAUAACUCAUUCAAACAAUACUUUUUUUGGUUUGUUUGUUUGUUUUUUUUUUUAAAUCAACUGCUUAAUUCCUAAGCUGCUGUGGGUAAAUAUCCAUCUAGUGAAGUCCCAUCGUAUCUUGAUGCUUUGGAGGUACCUUUAUUUGGGUGAGUGGAAAAAAAUCAUGUGGAAAUCAUUUCAAAAGACCAUGCUAUGUAUAAGCUAUGAUAAGAUAUUGCAUCUACUCUUCUAUCCAGACUUUGAACAAGAUGUUUUUUCACUUAGCUUAGACUGGAGGAGGAGUGGAGAUACAAAGUCCAUUGUAAAGAUCAGAGUUCUCUUUUUUUUUACUUAGUAGCUUUUGAAACAUUCCUGCUCUGUCUACACUGAUCCUCGCUGAGCAGACUGGUUAAAAAAGGAACAAAAUGAAACUGUUCUCUCUCUAAUACAUUCUGUGUACUGAUUUUAAAAUACAGGUAUAAAAAGGAAUGUCAAAUCAGUGCAGGCCUCUACUGAAAAGAACAUGUUCCAGUUUACUGGUAAGAAAUCUUCCUGUCAGCGUGUCUUUUGGAGAACAGGAUGCAGAUGGGCAGAAGGAUCAACAGUAAAAUGUGUGUACCUGUUCAAAUUUUGCAAAGCUAGAGGAGAAACUGCUGGGCAGAAAGAUGGGAAAUGCUGAGCGUGUUCUUCCAGAACUGUGACUCUGUUUCCCAGGCUGUUGGGUUUCGGGGCUGCAGGUUUCUGUUGCACACAAGUUUGUUGCAAUUUAUACAUUCAUUGAGUUAUCAAAGCUGUGACUUGUAAGAUAAACCAAAACCACGAUACCUCCUUCAGCUGCAGCACCUGAAGGGAUGUUCUGAAGUUAGGGUACAGCCAUUUAUACCUCAGGAAGGAAAUAAGGGAGAACAAGAAGUGGUUGAUUUUGGCCUUUUUGUCUGUUUUCCUUAAGAAAGAAAAAUUUUCGUUGGCGAGAGAAGAAGUGGCUACUUCAGAUAUUUUGAUUCUGUAUGAUUAAAAAAAGUACACUUCAAUCAGAACCAUAUUGUCCCACAUUCUGAUUUACAGGCUAGUUUCUGGUUUUCUUCCAUGCCUUGCUGUGUGUGUGUGUUUAUAUAUAUAUAUAUAUAUAUACACAUACAUACACUCUCUCUAUAUAUGUAUAUAUACACACACUGAAUCCAGCUGUGGAAGACCCCUGGAUGAGCUGCUGAAGGGUUGGAAGUUCUUGCUGGUUAUUUCAGCAGAUCCAGUCCUUCAUGCUGAAAUGCAGGACGUUGCUGGGAGAUGCCAAUGCUGGAUGUUAAAGCCUGUCCCUUAUUAAUAUACUUCAUUCCCUGGGGAGUGCUGAGCAAAACAGUGAUUCUUCCCAACCUGUAGCUACUGUCAGGUACCAAUCUUGGUUUAUUUAUUUACUCAAGGAUUCGGCAAAAUGCCUUAUGCUGGAUUCAGUUCUGUUUAGAAGGAAUAUUUGCUAUUACAAUAGAAUGAUUUUAGUCAAAUUUUGCCAAAUACUAUUUUGCAUUAUUAUUUGCUUAACUACAUUUUUUCUUUUUUUAAAAAAUCUUUACUGUUUUUUAAAGAAUCUUUUUCCUUUUUUCCCCCUCAGAAUAUUGUAGUUACUGAAACAUUUCUAUAAGUAGCAGUCUUUUAUUUUAAUUUUUUUUUUCUUUUUUUAAACUAUAACAUUUCCCAUCUAUAGUCAUAUGCUUCAGGGCAUUCCAAACAAUUAUAAACCAGCUGCUGUUUGCCACCAUUGACUGCCUCUGGUCAAUUAAAACUGCAGGAGCAUUUAAAUGAGCUCAGGUGUCUCACUCAGUGCAGGCUCUUUGCUUGGAAUGCAAAAUUUUGUGAGCUCUUCUGGCUGACUUAAAAUCCAGUGGCAGGAAUGGCCCAGCUGACAGAAGGAAAUGCCUGGGGCAGUUUGGCUGAAGGGAUUCCUGGUGCAGUUGUACCUCCUGCACCCCUGGCUGUGACAGCAGAGCCACUGAGUGGUCACUCCAGCCUUCCUUCCCACCCUGGGGCAGAGCUGGCUGGUGGUCACUGGGCUGACUUGUGCUUUUCCCUGUUCUGCUGGUCCAAAAAAACCUUUCAGAUCAUCAAGCCAACCACUAACCCAUGUCCCCAAGAGCCACAUCCACCCACCUUUUAAAUACCUCCAGGGACGGUGACUCCCCCACUUCCCUGGGCAGCCUGUUCAAUGCUUGGCAACCCUUUUGGUGAAGAAAUUUAUCCUAAUAUCCAAUCUAAACCUCCCCUGGUGCAAUUUGAGGCUGUUUCCUCUUGUCAUGUUGCUUAUUUCCUGGGAGAAGAGACUGCCCCCCACCUGGCUGAUGACAAAGUCCACCCUGAGCCUCCUUUUCUGCAGGCUGAGCCCACUCAGCUCCCUCAGCUGCCCCACAUCGGACUUGUGCUCCAGACCCUUCAGCAGCUCUGCUGCUUUGUUCUGGACAUGCUCCAGAGCCCCAAUGUCUUUCCUGUAGUGACAGGUCCAAAAGCCAAAAUUAUUCCCUCUCUCCCUGUGCCCCUUUUUGAAGGCUUUAAAAACUUAGUACUUCAUGUUUGGUUAUGGUGAACCACCACAAGAAACUGCACCCACCCAGCUGAGAGCGAGGCUCUGCUGAAGGGAAGGACAAGUCAGAAUGGGAACAGAAAGGGAACAAACUUCUGAAGAAACCAUCAUAGAACUUCUCCUCCUUUACCCUUCAUUCCUCAUCUGUCUCUGGUACCUGUUGGGAAUGUGCACCAGCCAGAGCUUGUUCCAUGUGCAUGCAGGAUAUGGGAAAGAAAGGGAAAGCUUCAUCUCUGUAGCACUUAUUUGUUGUUUUCCCUCACAGAGGCUGAUUCUUCUUUUCCCCUGAAGGUUUCUUUUAUAGGCACUUACAAUAUACAGAUGAUUUCUUUGGUUGCUUUUAUGCUUAUUUAUGCUGGAAAUGGAAGAACAAAACUCUCCUGCUGCUCCUGGGAGCUGAUUGCUUUCUGUGCUGGGGUAUUACGCACACAAUCCAUGGCAAGACAACUUGAAGCUGUUGCCCGGUACCUGGUGCUGAGAUUUUACAGAGCUGCAAGUGCCACCUGCAAGUGAAAGGGUUGUCCUGGUCAAAUGUGCCCCAAUCCUCUGUGGUGGCACUCACAGCUGUGGCAGUGCUGGAGCAGGAGCUGGGCUGUGCAGACACACCCUCCAUUCCCCACAGCUGAGGGUAAAACCUCACCCCAAAGCGGGCCCAUGUGCUGUCCAAGAGCAAGUUGGGCACAAUCCCAGAAAACAAACCCUUGUGCAGCGCUGCUGCCUGGCCUUCCCAAAAACACUGGUGUGUAUUAAGGGCUCUGAACAGAGCCCUCAGAUUUUUAGUACUGUAGGCACUUCAAAAGAAACAAGGAGCGAGGAAACUGCUCCUGCUGCCACCGAGUGGCUGCAUUUCCAAAUGUACCUGUAAACAGAGCAUUAUUAACUUUAAUAAACUUGCUUACUGAUGAGUUUUUUUUUUUUUAUCCAGCCCUCUAAAGCACAGAAGGAAACCAAUAACAUUUCUGCACCCACUGCCUUGCCCCACAGCUUUAGCUGUCCAGGACCCCUGCAGUGCUAUUUUUCCAAGGAUUCAGACACUGAACAGUGUUGGAGCUUUAUCUAUUCCUUUAGCUCCUUCCUAUUUAAGCACCAAAGCAGAAUUUGCAUCUUGUUUCUUUUGAAGGGUGAAAAUGAACCAUGCAUGUACCAACUGAUGAAAAGCCAGUCUAUGAACAUGCACCCAGAGCUGGUUUUGGUUCAGCUUCUUACGGUUCAAAGAUGCUGCUUAUGGGCAAAGCCUUCAUGUGCUUGAGCAGCUGCUGCCUUGCUGAACUUGGGAGACAGGAAAAGUCAGUCCAUUUGCAAAUCCUGAGGUGAGAAGAGUACCAAUCUAAUUGUAGAUUUCUAUUUCGGGCCACAAUCAGGGAUUUGAUAUUUGUGUAUAUUUGAUAGCAUUUUCUAAAGCCCAGUUGUAUUUUUCUUUCACAAAUGGUUAUUUGCAACUGUUAAAUGGCUGUACUUUUAUGUCCCAAGUUCUGCAUCUAAACCAGAAGCAUUUGUUUUCUAUGCAUCCAUAGCUAAUGGAAAAUUGAGUUGUGCUGUUUUCUUGUGUUGCAGUCGUUUUGCUCGAGGUGGAGUCUUAGCAAUUAAAUUAGUCCUAAUUGUUAGCAAAGCUCUGAAAAGGCCAAAAACCAGGAAGAGGGCCCAUGCCAGCCCAGGUAGGAGGUGCAAGGUUUCUGCAGGCAGACAGGUCAGCUUUGAUGUUUUCAGUUUUACAGUGACAAGACUCGUAACAAAUCUGUUGAUUUUGUGAUCUUGUGCUCCUAAGUGAUAUUGCUGUAAAUCUGUCUCGCAGCUGUUGGUGUAACUUAAUCAAAGCCAAGCUGUUUUAUAAAUAAUUUUAUUUUUCUUCAGGGUCAAUUUUGUACUUUUUUUAAAUUAUUUCUGCAUUUACUGAGUCAUUAUCCCAAUGCUGCAGAGGACGCAGCAGGCAGAUCAGUGAGCAUUCCCUGCUCUCCCCAUCCACGCCGUGCCAGGGAGCUGGAGCUGGGCUGGACCACAAAGGGGUCUUUGGGAACUUGCAGAUCUGAUUACCCCACCCUUCAGUUCCAGCAUUAUCCAGGCACAGACUCGUUUGGCAAGGGCAAGGAUGGCCGUGGAUGAGCUCAACUGCCAUAUAUGCUGUUAGUUCUGAAUAAUUUGUAAGAGUGUUAUGAAUUUUGUAAACUUUUUAAUGUGCUAAACCUUGGUUAUGAGGUAACAUUUACAAAUACGGGGUAAUUUGUGUACUUGUUUUUGUAUUUUGGUCUGAUGAUGGGGGUUUUUUUGUUGUUGUGCCCUAAGUACAGAUCAUUGGGCAAAUAGUUGUUAAGCCUUUGAAUUAAAACAAAUAAAUGCAUUUUAAUGGAUACUG